ACGUAAGGCCUAACCGGAGAAGUAAAGAUCCGUUUUCAAAUUCCUCGCCAUAGUGUGGACGGGGCUUAAGAUCGCAAAUUAAACAUGCCAUGUAAAUUACUGAACGUGUUUAUAACUGUUUAUGCUGUGUGUCCAACACAACAUCCCUGCAAUUAAUUCGAUAUUGCUAACACAUGCUUCCUCUAUAGAACUCACAGAGGAUUUUUCGGCAAUAUCCACAGCAAACAGUUGUUGAACAUAGCUAGCAAAUUAAGUUUCUUCAGUUAGUUUGGCCAGUGUAAACAAUCCUUCAGCACAGUUUGAUCGGUAUUUGCAUAGUCAUUUGUUUCAUUCAAGUGAAGAAUAAAUUAACACCAGAUUUUGAAAUGUUUGGGUUCGAACUCCAGGGAUUUUGGAAAGUUAAUGCUUUUUAAACGUAUUAGAUAAAAAUCUUGUGAUAACUAUCUUAAAUGUCGGGAUUGUAAAUACUGAUCGAGGAAAUUAUUUCUAAAGGAACUUUUCUACUUGGAUUCUGACGCUAAAACCGCGUAAUUUAUUUUAAGUUUUCAAACAAAGUAAGAUGGCGCCGUAAUCAAUAGAGAUGAUGUUCGGUUAAGGAAAGUCUCCUUGUAACAAGGUAAGCUUGUGUUUUUCGACCACAUGAUUCAAAUGCGGUUUCUGAUAAUAGUUUUUUUUUUACCACGGCAUUAGUGCAUUUCACAUGUUUCACAUUUAUGAAAAGCCAGUGUUAAUGAGUUGUUUUCUUUCUCUUCGUUUCUUCAGCGACAGGUGCUUGCGGUAUCGAAACUAGGACUUGAGGUCUGAAGAGACUGAAGCGAACAAUAUCUUUUACCAAGGAGACAACGCUUCACCAUGAAAACUGUGAAAACGUUCUCGCUAACAAGUGAAAACUUGAAGAAAUUCGAAAAAGAACUUCAAGAAAAAGACAGGAAAAGACAUUCUUUACAAAGAAACGUAAUCCACGAGAGAACAGAAGCCGAUGGCAGAAGCUCUGGAAUUCACUCUUACGGCUCGCAAUUGAGUGCGUUCAAAGAAACCCUCAAUGAGAACUCUAAGCAUGCGGAUACCAAAAAGUUGCUCAAUUCCAAUAAUAAUUCACAAGGUCCGAGGAAAUACUCUUACUCACUUGAUCGACCAGAGCGCGAAGCUUUCCGAAGAAAUCCGGAGGGACAAAGUCGAAACGAAAGCUCACAUGCUACACCACAUAUUGUGAAAAUUGAUUAUGAGGAGGGAAGUGAUCGCAUUAACUACAACAGUGAGAGCGAGAAGGGGAAAAAAGGGCUCGUCUCCGACAAGGACGAGGAAGAGGAAAGUGAUGACGAUGACGACGACAGCAGCGAUGAUGAUGAUGAUGACGACGAGGAUGAAGAUGACGAAAGUGACGAGGAGAGUGAUGAAAGUGAUGAGCAGAGUGACGAUGACGAUGAAGAAACAGAAACAACCCCAAGACGACCUUUGGCAACUCCUACAACAGUUCGAACACACUACACUAGCAGUAUAAAUGCGAGCGUGAGCAGCAUCCCAACAGUUGCUUCAGUGAAGAGCAGACCAGAGUCCACAAACACUAUUAAAACAACCAAGACAGCGAGAAAAGGAAGUGCAUUCUCCAAUGCAAGCUCAGCGCCUUCUUAUGUUUUGAAUAUGAAUCAGUACCGCAUGAAAAAAAUGGCAACAAAGAAAGAAAAAGAGCGCGAGAAGCUUGGAGCAAAAUUGACUGAAUCAGAAUUGUCUUAUGGACCAAGUCGCCAAUCAAAUGCGAGUGCGAUGAGUAUGCGCGAGAAAGGUACUACAAGUGCGCAAAGCAACGGAUCUUAUGUGGCCACGAGAAACUGGUCAAGAUGGAGUAAUUACAGUGCAGCAGGAUACAGUAUUAGCGAAGGGCCAGAGACGAGUCACAUGUUUAGAAAACCUGCCAAAAAAGAGUCAACUUCCCAGAACACGCGAGCAAAGACUCCCAGGAACAAGCCACAAUCUCGUUCUCAAGUGCCACAUUUGCCAGUGAUCGGUAAAAAUAUUUCAAGUAAAUCUGUUCCCGAUUUGCGAAAAACUGGUAAACGUCACGUGACCCUUACGCUUGAACCAGGACUGUUACGUGUACGAGCUGCGAGUCGUAGUCAAAUAGCUUCUCGAUUGAGUACUCGUUCAAUAAUAAAACGCCCAAACACAACACAUGUAAAAUCAGUUCCAGACCUUAACAAACAAGCCGUGAUGUCUUAUUUUGAGAUGGAAAGAGGAAUACACAAAUCAGCGAGUAGGUCUGGGCUUAGGAAGAAGAGCGUAAAGGCCGCGGAAGCUAACGACUAUAGAGAAGCUAUAAAGCAGAAAGGAACGGAAAUCAACGAUGACAUUGAUUUUACAAAUAGACGGAAACGAGUUCGAAAACUGAAGGAACGCCCACAGAGACAAAGAAAUGAAACAUCUCUUAGUUCUGUAUCGAGUGCGCAUUCAAAUUCGCGUCGACGUAACAAAAUUAUGAAUAAACGUGGUUCUUCUCUGUCCAGCGCUUUGUCAAUGUCAUCUUUACAAUCAAGUCAAACUGGACAAAGUGGGAAACCUGCUUCCUCUAGUGCAUCUAGCAAGGCGAGUCUAGCGUCACGAAAAGCCAGAUUACCGCUACUUAAAAGAUAUGCUGGUUAUCAGAGCGGGCGAGAUCACGUGUCCAGUGGAGCCUCGCUCCUCGCACCUGGAACUCCUUUCAGUGUGAUUCUUCAGCGCAGUCCAAGCCUUCGAUCUGUCGUAACAGAGUACAGCAGUUUCCUUAGUUUAGCAGCCUCAAGUGUUAAGUCUGCACGGCCCACCUCCAGAUCGAGCCUAUCAAGUACAGAUGGAGAAAGCACUGCCGUUGGUCCCCAAUCCUCCAGUCCUGACAAGGAAGAAGAGAAAGAAAUUAAACAACACAAACCAGAGCCAGUGGAACCUCGGAGGAUCCCUUCAUCUAGAGCCAGUGAAAAGAGAAACUUCCCUGUAAAGGAAGAAAAACAAACUGAUUCUGAAUCUGAACAGCUUCGUUUACCAGCCAUUAGACCUCAGUCAGAGUCAUCCAGUGGCAAGUCACCCUAUUUAUCUUCUGUAAAGGUUGUAACACCAAAAGAAAUCGAACGGGCAAAGAAGAAGAAAAAGCUCAAGUUACCACAAAUUGUUCAAGUAAACCAUCCACUUCCGACCUUCGCAGAAGCCACACGGGAUACCGGGAUAACUCGACUCGUAAAACUGGCAAAGCCUAAGGAAUCUAAAGCUGUAUGGAUGACAAGUUUUUGGCCGAUUGUGUGGGGGAAUCAGGAUAUGAUGUGGCCAAUUUCCAGAGCAGCGCUCUCGGCAAAUUCUUCAGAGAGAUUAAUGACCCUAGCAACGCCGAAGAAAGAUUUCCAGCUGGAUCACCCACUCAGCUGUAACAGAGGGGAAUAUGUUUACAGCUGUGGUCGCGAGUCUGUUAUCUGGAAUGUGCAACCUUUGGCUUUGAAAACUAAUAUUUCCGCAAGGGUCAAUAAGUUGGCAGAGCCAAAAAAGUUACCGCCAGAUCAUAAAGAACAAAGGGAAGCUUAUAUCUUCAGCUGUGGAAGAAGUUCUCCCAUUUGGCAGGUGAGCGAGGCAGCCAAGACGGUAGAAGAGCGGGAAAGAUCCAUGAGACUUGCACAGGCUAAGAAAUGUCAUCCUCAUUACCAGCCGGAGCGCGAGGUGCCGUGGAUCGUCAGUGAACCGGCAAAACGAGCUGUGUCCUCCGCGCGGGUCGAACAACUCGCACGUCCCAAAACGCGCCAAGAUGGGCUCAUCAGGGAGCCAACAUGGCGGGUGUCGUCAGCGAGUAGACGCACUGUGGCAUCAGCGAGAGUUCAGGAACUUGCAAAGCCUAAGCAGACAGUGGAAGGGUACUUACCGUCCAGAGAGACCGAGUGGCCUGUUAGUAAGAGCACUUUAAGAGCGAUGGCCUCUGAAAGGACGCAAAAUUUGUCCAAGCCUAUUAUACGAGAAACAAUGGAUCAUGUUCAGUUUAACCCAGAUGCAUUCACUGUUAGUGAAACUGCGAGAAAAGCUAACGCAUCUCAAAGGAUCGUUGAAUUAGCCCAACCUAUAUCACGUGGUCACAAAUGAUGGACGUGCUCAAAAAACGGAAGCAUUCAUCGACCAGCCUCCAGGCUUGAAGAAAUAGUGAAAGCCAUCGAUUUACUGUCGACGCGUUUUUCAUGAAUCAAAUUCAAACUCAAAUUAUUUAUUUUAAGAUUCCAAAUUGACAGGAUUUUCCUGAAAAAUUUCCCAUUCAAUAGAGCUCUUAACUGGUAUAUACCUAACUAUUUGUCAUACAGUAAUAGCCCACGUACAAGAACCUGAAAUUUUCAAUUUAGCCUAAAUAGGUUCUUAUAUAAAUGGUACUUAAAGCAAAUUCAGGCUACCAAGGUUCUUAAAAUAGGUUCUUCAUAUUUUCAUAUGAAUUUCAUCUGAAUAUACUAUAUGUAUUAUAAAUAUCAUCUCAUAAUACAGUAUAAAUCAUUUAUUUGUACCAUAGAAUGGCAAACACAACAGACAUACAACAUGGUACUUAAGCUUGAAGGCAAAAAAAAAAAAGUUAUGUCAAGUUACUUUUAAAUAGAUGAUGAUCUUAAUUCAGCAGUUUCUACCUAUACACUUUUACAGCAACCCCACUGAUAAGAACCUAACUUAAAAUGUUAGCCUUACUAGGUUCUCAUGUGGAGGGGGCUUAAAAUGAAAAUUUUAGCCUAACAGGUUCUAAAAACCCAGGUUCUUAUACGUGGGCUAUUACUGUAUCUCUUAUACACCCAUUCAUUCGCACACAGAUUAAACUAAUUUUGAAAACUUGAAAGUCGGUCAAAGUGAUCCCACCCUCAAGGUGGUGUUCAAAAAGGAACUUUUCAAAUCAGAAUGUGAGCGUGGAAUUAUUACUUUCGAUUGCAUGACAAGAUGUCUUGAAAUAGCUUGAUGAAAUUGUCAUUUAUUGGGCGGAUUAUUUGUUCAGUUCUUUUUGAUAUGAGAGGAACAUUUGAUGCUUGUUACUUCAUUGUGUGAAGAAUGUAGGAAGACAACUUUAUCCAAAGAUUACUUUAUUUUUUGAGCAUUUUUUUUAAGUUGCAAGUCAUCUUGUCUAGGAAAAUAAACUUUUCUCUUUGGCGA